UGUGCUCUCUCUCAUUGUCAGACCUCAAACACAGCUCUCUCAAAACUCCACUCAUGGACUCAUUCAUGGUCAGAGCUGCGAAUAGCACUGGUCCUGGUGAGACUGGUCGAUCUAGACUUGUAUUUUCCCCAAACGGCACCAGAUGAACUGAUUGGAAUGAAUGCAUAACACAGAACAACAGACCAUUGACGCGAGGCUGUCUUUCUAAGCGUAAUGGAUAAGCCCUACGGUACAGAUGUGAAGUUCAGGCUGAACACAAGCGAAGAUCACCCUGCGCCAAGCACCCACCCCAGAGGACAGUGGUCCAGCAAACUGGAAUUCCUCUUGGCUGUUGCAGGACAAAUCAUCGGCUUAGGAAAUGUGUGGCGGUUUCCUUACCUUUGCUACAAAAAUGGAGGAGGGGUGUUCUUCAUCCCUUAUUUACUCUUCCUAAUCACCUGCGGCAUUCCCUUGUUUCUGCUGGAGACGUCUCUUGGCCAGUACACUAAACAAGGAAGUAUUACCUGCUGGCAGAAAAUUUGCCCCCUAUUUGAAGGAAUGGGUUAUGGCAGUCAAGUGGUUGUUUUAUACUCCAGCAUCUAUUAUAUUAUCAUAUUGGCUUGGGCAUUCCUGUAUCUCUUCUCUUCUUUCACCUCUGAACUUCCCUGGGCGAGCUGCAGAAACAGCUGGAACACAGAUGCUUGUGUGGAGUUUGAUCGAAGGCCUGAUCUUUUCAACAUGACUGUACCUGAAAAUGCAACAUCACCAGUGAGAGAGUUUUGGGAGAGAAGAGUUUUGAAUAUCACAGCAAGUAUCCAUGAGUUAGGCAGCAUACAAUGGGAGUUGGCGCUGUGUCUUCUGCUGUCCUGGAUCAUCUGUUACUUUUGUGUCUGGAGGGGAGUAAAGUCUACCGGAAAGGUGGUCUAUUUUACUGCGACAUUUCCAUAUGUGAUGUUGGCAGUGUUGCUUGUACGUGGAGUCACGUUGCCUGGGGCCUUAGAUGGGAUCAAGUUUUACCUCUACCCAGACCCAUCCCGCCUCGCUGAUCCCCAGGUGUGGAUGGAUGCUGGAACACAAAUAUUUUUUUCUUACGCUAUUUGCAUUGGGUGUCUAACUGCACUUGGGAGCUAUAAUAAGUAUGACAAUAACUGCUACAAGGAUUGUCUGUAUUUGUGCCUUCUGAACAGUGGAACCAGUUUUGUUGCUGGCUUUGCCAUUUUCUCUGCACUUGGAUUCAUGGCAUACGAGCAGAACACAGACAUAUCAAAAGUGGCAGAAGCAGGUCCUGGCUUGGCAUUUAUUGCUUAUCCUCGAGCAGUUGCCAUGAUGCCUGUUCCUCAGCUCUGGGCGAUAUUCUUUUUCAUUAUGAUCAUCCUACUGGGACUGGACAGUCAGUUUGUGGGUCUGGAAGCUCUUGUGACAGCAAUUUCUGACAUGAACCCGACCUUCUUCCACACUGGCCAUCGACGUAAACUUUUGCUGCUUGCUAUCAGUGUUGUCUGUUUUUUCAUUGGUCUAGUGAUGGUUACACAGGGUGGACUGUACAUCUUCCAGGUGUUUGACUACUACGCCUGUAGUGGGAUGACUUUACUUCUCUUUGCUGCACUACAGUCUCUCUGUAUUGGAUGGGUAUAUGGUGCAGACCGGUUUUAUGGAAACAUAGAGGACAUGAUUGGAUACAAGCCUUUACCCCUCAUUAAGUACUGUUUGAAAUAUGUCACUCCAGUAAUCUGCGUGGGAACAUUUAUUUUCUCCUUGGUCAAAUACACGCCCCUGAAAUUCAACAACUCAAUUAUGUAUCCAUGGUGGGGUUAUGCUCUUGGCUGGUGGUUCACACUCUCCUCAACACUCAUGGUUCCCAUCUGGAUGGUGUACAACCUGGUCGUCACUCCGGGCACACUGCGGCAGAGAAUCUCAGUCUUGUGCACUCCAGCUGAAGACCUGCCUUUGACCAAAUCAGAGAAGAAAGCUCUUGAACUGCUCGACAUGCAUUCAUCUCUUGACAAGAUGGUGUCUUUGUGAGAACAGACCAACUGGAGCAGAUUCAGAUAUCCUGGACACUGAUGUGUAAAGCUAACCAUCAGUCCAGUGGGCCUGAACCAAGUUCUUCUAAAGAAAUGCUUCCUAAUCUUUGUGUGACUGUCACCUUAAAUAUAUGUGCUGAUGAUCCUCUUGUAACUGGUUGGACAUGCCUGCCAGUCUUCCUCAGUCCAACCACACACGUCUGAAUUAUUCAUGAAGUGCCUGAAAUUUUUAAGAUUAUCCUGUAAUUCACAAAAAUGCAGGAGUGAAAGGAACUUCAAUUUAAAAAUUCAGAAAUGUCAUCUGUUUCUGCUUUCUUGAUAAUAACUUGGUGAACCCUCAAAUAUAAUUUGAAAUCCCCAUGGUUGAGAACGCUACCCUUAAAAAUUAAUUAGAUUUUCUGCUCCAUUAAGCACUGUAGAGUUUGAAACUCAUCAGAAACGAUUUGAUAAAGAGAAUCUAGGUACAAAGGCUGUCAUCAUGUCACUUUCACUCACUGCCACUCUGUAAACUAGGCAGUAGGGUAGUAGCUAAUUUUCAUUAUUAAUGUACUGUCUUUUUGUUUUUGAUUAAUCCAUUUAUUGUUUAGUUUAUAAAAUAACUGAAAAUAGUGACAGAUGUCACAUCAUAGUUUCCAAAAUGAUAUCUGUCUUUUUCCAAAAACCCAAAGAUAUUGAAUUUACAAUAAUGCGAAACAGUGACCUACAGAAUCUCUCACAGUUAGGAAUCAGGAAACUGGGAAUAGUUGGAAUUUGCUGCUUGAUAAAUGACUUAAGUGGACCUUAAACUCUCUUCAUGGCCCGAUGAAUAAGUAUCGAUGCUCAAAUUCAAACUGGCACUUUAUAUUUUUAUUUGUUUUAAUUUCUGAUCCGCUAAAGACAAAGGGUGGCCAGUAUGAAUAUUUUUUUCUGUUUAUUUUGUUAGUUUCAAUUGAACUCAGUGGCCUGUAUCAUAGGGUAAUUUCAACUUGGUCUAGUUCUUCUUGGAUUACCUGGCUUAUCCAACCCUAACACCGGCCACCUCGAAUCACAAAGCUGCUCGUGAGCAUUCGGUUAACUUUGCAUUUCUCAAAUGCCAGUGAGCACAUGUUCAUGUGAGUAAGGCACAGUUGUUAACUGCAAAACCCUCAGUGGAAUGUUUAAUAUGAAGUGAGAUAAAACGUGAAUUAUGAUACGCACUUUUAGUAUUUUUUGUUUGUUUUUGUCUGACAAUGAACAAACUAUUAUGAAUACAUAUAAAAAAAAAGGUCAAAAUCGUAGAAAUGUAUCAUGUUCUGUUGCCAAAGUGGGAAGAAGGGGAGAAAAACUAACUAACAACUGAUAUGUUGUGUCUUAUCAAAAUGUUUUUUUAUUCAUUCAUACUCAUUAAUAGUAUGUUUAUUGUGGAUAAAUAUUACUAUUUAGUGUUUUUUUUUUGCACUCAUCACAAAGUUGCCUUGUGUCGUUCUGAACUGUGGUGACAGAAUAAGAUGUAAAAGCAUUGACACUGUCAGAAUUCCCCUUAGGAAUUCAAGGUACAUUGUGCAGUUAAAUAUGUAUACAGCCAUCCUUAUGCAUUCAACAACUUAAACUCUCCUCCGCCUGUUACUAGCAAUAUUUUAAAAUGAGAUCUGAAAUGGAGACACUUGCCGCCUUAUUGUAAACUCAUUACUUUUGUCGCUGUCAAGGUCCUGUACGGAUGAUGACUCAGUUUCUUCACUGACCUGACUGGUUGGUUGUCAGCUAAUCUCACUGAUAAUCUCACUUUGUGCUCAAGGCCAAUGGUUGUGUAUCUGUCUAAAGUAGAGCAACAGCAAUAUCAUUUGCCAAAUAAGCCAUACAGACUGAACACUUCAGUCACGUUUAGGUCUCUGUGAGUGACAUAAAUUCAGCUUCUGACUGACAGUGUGAAGUAAAACAAAAAGAGCAGCGACAGAAGGGUAGAUGUCGAGCAAUAAAGGUUUGAUUCAAACUCUGGACACUGUGAGCACCUUGACCAACCGAGCCAGCAGUCUUUCCAGUAUUACAAAGUGUUUCUGACCUCUCCAGAUCACUGAGAAAUAUGUAAAUAUUGUGCAUCAACUGCUCAUUAGGCAUGAAACUAUCCAGCAUUUGCAAGGUCGUGUUUGGUGUUGAAUGGUACUCCAGUGACUCGGCAAAUCUGUUGGCUCUCCCAGUCAGAAUAAAAAAAGAGUAUAUUUUUUGACAGUUACAUAGAGUCUAUCGAGAUAAUUUUACUGUACUUUCAGUGUGUUUAAUUGUAGUUUUUAUACAGAGUACUCAUUUAUUAAGGUUUCAGGUGAAGGUUUUUAUAAUUUUGUAUUUCAUGAAAAUUUAUGGCAAUAGUUUCAUGUAUAACAUAUGAAUGCUGUAAAAUGACAUUUUAAGGAUCCGUCAGUGAGUUAUUUUCUUAAAAUGUGUCUGAUUUCAGAAAUUGUGAGAAUUCAUGUCUAAAUUGACAUGGACUGAUUGAACAUAAUCACUUGUUAAUAGUAAAUCCAUCGUAAAACAGUAUUUUACUGUAUUAAAUUUUUGUGUGAUGGCUGAAUAGAUUGAUCUCAUGAUAUAAAUCUAUGCAAACAAUUAGCAAUUCUUGAAAUAUGAUCCAUGAAUGAGGCAGUUGGAUGUUAAUGUGAAAUGUGUGAAAUGCUCGAGUACAUUGUUUACUCUUGUUAUUUGGUACAACGGAUUUGACUUGAAUGGGAAGAAAACAUAGUAUUUCAUGCUACAAUAAGAUAACGGUAAUACAGCAUUAAUCAUUCACAAACAUUAUCUUAUCACUUAGCAGUUUAUUGUCAUUCUGUAGUGAAGUUUGACCUCUGUCAUUGUUAAUAAAAUGUUGAUGAUAAA